UCAAUUUGCUUCAGGUUUUGCUUUUCAUUCGUAGAGGAUUUAUUAGCCAAAGAUUUGAGAGUAAUGACAGAGAAAAACGAUUCUCCUGCAGCUCGCACGGUGCUGCAGCAGUGUCUGCAGGCCAGGCUCCAGGUGAAACCGGCAGAGGAACAGUCAGAAGCUCAGUUUGUCCAGAUUGAUAGAGGAAUGGUGAUUUACAUCUGCUUCUUCAAAGGAGCCACAGAUGACAUUCUGCCAAAGAUGGUGUCCACCCUGUUGAACCUGCGGCUGUGUGAGUCCGACUCGGGGAGGAUGGUUUCUGUGUUAGAGCUUCCCGGCAGCGUGCUGAUCGUCCCUCAGGCCACGCUGGGCGGGAAGGCCAAAGGCAGAGCCAUGCAGUACCACAACAACAUCCACAAAGACGAUGGACUGCGGCUGUACAGUGCCUUUGUUGCUCUGUGUGAGAAGGAGCUAAUGGCUGCUGCUGCGUCGUCAGCUGGGAGAGGAGCUGAAAUAACAGUGAAACAUGGGACGUAUGGAAACAGACAAGUGCUGAAGCUGGACACAAAUGGACCGUACACACACAUGAUGGAGUUCUGAACUGCGAGCUCUGACAUGUGAUGCCUACAUGGAAUCGAAAUUGUGCCAACAGGGCUAGAAUCUGUCGCUAGUGACUUCUAAUGUAUUGAUAUUUGAUUUAUGCAUUUUUGAUAUAAACAUUAUAGAGAUUUGGAAUUUGUCAGUUUUGGUGUAAUUAUCCAAAGCUGGAUCACCAAACUGGUACAGUGGGUAAUUGCCUCAGUGCUCAAGACCUCAGGGGUACUGUGAAUUUUGAACAACUUAAAUGCAACAUCUGGAAACACUGGCCCUUCAUUACCUUGUGUUGUAGCCCUGGUCUUGCAGAGGAAACGUGUCAUGUUUAUUGUAUUUAUAGGCAGUAAAUUUUAGUUUGCAUAUUGGUCUUAUUUAGUUUAGGUGGCACAGUGAGAGAGAGGCCCCUGUGGGUCAUCCAGCUGACUCUGAGUUGGCACCACAAAGCUGUCUCACCAGGUAACUAGGUAGAUCACCAUGGUAACAGAUGCUGCACAACUAACCUGUGGAGCAGAUGAACUUCAAAGGAUCACUGACCAAUCAUAUCACUAGGAAAACAGAGUCAUCAUUUCUACAGGAGCCUGACCAGGGAAAAAAAAGCAUUGAGCUAACAAUGACACAUUGUACUGGACUACAUUAUAUUCAGAGGUGUUCCUAAUAUUUUGACCCUCUCAUAUAUGUAGCUAGGGAGCACAAAAAUAUAGACCUAUAUGUAGUGUGGUACAACACCACCUUUUAACUAGGCCCUCAAUAAUAAACAUAUGAAUUCUUCCAUGAGAUGCUGUCUUCACCACUCAUGUAAGUAGUUACUGUAAUUAAAUGCAAAUUAAUCAGUUACUGGGAUCAAAAUAUGUAAUUAAAUUACAGUUACUAAUCAAAAUGUUGGUGAUUACAAAGGACUUAACAUCUGAAUACAUUCUGUUUGGUCAAAAACCUAAAUGUAUUUAUAACAUCCAUUCUAUUGCCUUGCAUCUUGGUACCGUGAAGGGAUGCAUUCUUCUGGCAUAUUUCAGUGUUAGCCAGCAAAUCUGUUGAGACAACUUUGAGUGCAACACCAUCAAGGGCAGGAUGGCUAACGAGGAGCUGUCUCUACAUCUAUAUAGGCUCCAUUCAUGUGGCAGCACACAUUCAGUUUUGAAGAUUGCUUUUCACUCCACUGUUCUCUUGUUUGACUUUGUACCGCCUCUCAUCUGCCAAUCAAAUCAGUGCGCAUGGCUCUAAGCAACCUUAGUCUGUAGCAUACAUGGUUUCACCCAUUUAGCCAGUUUCUCCUUGUUUUUCCACUUCCUUUCUUCUUUCACAACUAAAAGACCAAGGACAGAGAAGGGCAGCGUCACAGACAUAUUCUCCAAUAGAAGCAGCCACACUGACCACAGCUGUGUGGCUUCUCCUUCGCGUGAACACGAUGGUGCCCGUUUAGGUUACUGGGAGGAGUGAAAGUUUUUCCACACUGAUCACACCAGUACAGUUUCUCUCCAGUGUGGGUCAGCUGAUGGGCUUUAAGAAGAUCCUUCUGUGUAGAGCCUUUGUCACACCAAUCUCUGGAUUAUAGAUAAGUACAAAAAUAUUCAGCAAACUGGUAUCACUGUACUCUUAGUUCAACUACCAUUAUUAGUUUUUCUCCACAGCCUUGUCUCAAUAAUCAAAUGAAAUAAAUCAACGUACAUUUUC